ACAAUUGAGGUACGAUGGUUUUACACAGCUGGCCUCCCAAUUGGAAACACAAGCCCUCAACGGCGCCAGGCAACCACCUGCACCUCAUUUGGUUUCGCAUAUGUCAGGCAUAUUGGAAGAACAGAAGCAAAAAGAGGUACAAUCUAUAGACUCAAGCACGAAAGCGAUGAAUCUGGACGACACAUUCGAUGGUCCUCAAGACUUGACGCUUGUCAAUUCCAUUAAGACGGUAUACACAGCGGUGCACAAAGGGGGCUGCCUCGUCGCUGCAUUCAGUCCAGACGGUGAGUGA